CGCAACAGCGCGAGAUACCAAACCCAUGAUCCCUCUGUCUCUCUCUCUCCAAACCAAACCCCGUAGGGCUACACGCCGGGGACUGCAGGAAAUAUUACAUUUCUACCGGACAAUGGGAGUUUCUCAACGGGUAACAGAGACUGGAUUCAGAUCGGAGGAAGUGCAGCUCGAACCAAACAGACGCACGAGCCACGCGCUCCGGACCGAUACAUUCAUCCUGCGCAGCACAGAAUAACUAUUGUAGCAGUAUUUGAUUGAUAAAGCAAGUGUUACCAGUCCAGACAGACUUUCACAAGGCACAGCUGUUUGCUCUGGCACGAACUAUUUGUUAGACUCAAUCUAUUUAUCUAUCCCUGCGUAUUCCAAACGACUCUUGAAUCCUGGAUGGCAGUCUGAAGGGGAACAGGACGGCUGCAGGACCGAGCCGGGAAUGCCAUUUGUUCGGGCGCAACAUAAACGAGCUUUGUGGCGUUGUGUUUUUUCACGGGGACAGGUGCCGUUGUGUACGCUCUUGGGGGGUGUGGGGUUAGUUGAUGGGGGUAUGGACUUGCAAGAAGCCACACAGUUGUCUUAAAGAUGUCAGAUAAGGGCGCAGGAGACAGGUGCGAUAGAGAGGACUAGAUUUCAAACGGACCCCUCCUCUCUUCUCAUUCAUUCUGGAUUAUAGUCCCGAGGUGGCGAGUCGUUCACGUUUCUUCGCGACUGUUAUCGAGCUCCGCUGCCAUGACGACUGCGGUCAAACCUUUCAUCAGACUCCUCUGGCUCCUGCGGUUGGUGUGCGCGGUCUUCCCGGAGGAACCAGGACCCCUGAACUUCAUCCCCACCGAAGUCGUGAGACGAUAUCCUGUGUUUCUUGGCCGACCUCAUCGCUCGUCUACCAGACAAGAGCCCUUAUACAUUCAGAGAGUCCUGCAGGUCAAUCGUACCCUUUACAUCGGAGCCAGGGAUGACCUUUUCCGUGUGGAGCUGGACAAUGUGGUGGGUGAAGAAAUGUUUUACAGCAAGAAGAGGACGUGGGAAUCCAACAAAAAUGACAUCAGAAUCUGUAGAAUGAAGGGAAAGCAUGAGGACGAGUGCCGUAACUAUAUGAAGGUUCUGCUCAGCCGGCAGGGCGGAUUGUUUAUCUGCGGGACCAACGCCUUCAAUCCGUCAUGUGCCAACUACACUGGAGACACUCUAGAGAUGGUUGGAGAGACUGUAAGCGGGAUGGCAAGAUGCCCUUAUGACCCCAAACAUGGCAAUGUUGCCCUGUUUGCAGAGGGGAAUCUCUACACCGCAACAGUGACCGAUUUCCUGGCCAUUGAUGCUGUGAUAUACAGAAGUUUGGGGGACACUGCUCUCAGAACAGUGAAACACGACUCCAAAUGGUUUCGAGAGCCAUACUUUGUGAGUGCUGUGGAAUGGGACCGGCAUGUCUACAUCUUUUUCCGAGAGAUGGCCAUGGAGUUCAACUACCUGGAGAAGGUGGUUGUGUCUCGUGUGGCGCGCGUGUGUAAAGGAGAUCAGGGGGGUUCACAGCGCGUGCUGGAGAAACAGUGGACGUCUUUCCUGAAGGCACGGCUGAACUGCUCCAUCCCAGGAGAUUCACACUUCUACUUCAACUUCCUGCAUUCCACCAGUCCCAUCAUCCGCAUGCACGGCAGGGAUAUCAUCCUCGCAGUCUUCUCAACGCCGUCCAACAGUAUUCCCGGCUCUGCAGUGUGUGCCUUCGACAUGGAACAGCUGGCUGGAGUGUUUGAAGGCAGAUUUAAAGAGCAGAAAUCACCCGAGUCAAUAUGGACACCUGUUCCAGAUGAGGUGGUGCCUAAACCAAGACCGGGUGGAUGUGCCAUACAGGGUUCAAAGUUCAACUCCUCCAACUCUUUCCCAGAUGACAUGCUAACUUUUGUCAAGACUCAUCCAUUGAUGGAUGAAGCUGUCCCGUCGCUCGGUCAGAGACCUUGGAUUGUUAGGACUAUGGUCAGAGACCAGCUGAAUAAAAUGGUGGUGGACACGAAUGCUGGUCCCUAUGGUAACCAGACACUCCUCUUCCUGGGUUCCAGUCGAGGCACCAUCCUCAAAUUCCUUGUCACUCCAAACAGAGACAAUACAGUUUCAAGAAACAACAUAUUCCUGGAGGAACUGGAAGGCUACAACCCUGACAGGUGUGGGCCGGACUCUCCUCAGGCCAGACAGCUGCUGUCUCUUACGCUGGACCGCAUCAGUCACAGCCUUCUCCUUGCUUUCCCAUCCUGUGUGAUCAAAGUGCCUGUAGCGCGCUGCCAGCUGCAUUCCCGCUGUAUGAAGAACUGCAUCGCCUCACGGGACCCAUACUGUGGCUGGACCAAAGGAAGCACCUGCUCUUUCCUCCGCGCGGGUACCAGACUUCCCUUCGAGCAAGACGUCGAGCAUGGAAACACAUCUCACUUGGGCGACUGUGACGGUCCUCAGCAGGAGAGUUUCAUUGAGGAACCAGAUGGCUUGGUGUCUGUAAACCUUCUGGUGGUGUCUGCAGUUUCCGCGUUUUCCACCGGGGCGGCGCUGUCGGGUCUGAUGGUGUGUUGGUUGAUGAGCCUCAAGCACCGGCAGCGAUCCAGGGGAGGCGGUGCUGGCUUGGGGAAUCGACGCAAGAGUGAAAAAGAGCAGAGCAUGCUGGGACACGGCCGGAGCGGUUCUGUGAUCAGCGUGACACGAAUCAGUGGCGAUCGCCCUCGCUCUCAAGUGGAAAACAUGUUCACCAAUGGCUGGCCGACGUCUGGAGACAUGGACCCUGGACUUCCUACACCCGAGCAGACUCCACUACAGCAAAAACGUCCUACUCCGAAUGUUCACCUCACAGACUGUGAUUGGGACCAGAACCAUACGUUCCUCACGCAGACUGGGACUCCCUGCCCCGCUAACUCUGCAGUCAUAUACCUGAGCUCCAAAUACCUGCAGGGUGGGCGGCAAGAGGGCUCCGGUGAUGUGGGCCCUCAUUCGGAGCGUCAGCGUUAUCUCAUCCUCUCCCACCCACCCAGUCAUAGGGAACAGGGUGGACGAGGGUCUGCCCCGACAACCCGAAACUCUGCGGGUGAGUACAGCUAUCCAGCGACCCCUCAGGACUCCCCCGAUCGUAUGAGGGUGGUGUCGGCUCCGACCACGCAGAUGGAAUACGGCGAACCAUUGCGUUGGUCCCGCGACGGGUUAAAUUUUAAUAGCAACAACGCCACUCCCUCCAACCACCACCCUUAUCCAAUUCAGCCCCGCACUAAUGCUGCGUUAGUGCGACCGGCCCACCAUACCCAGCGGGGUCUCAUAAGUGAACGUAACCCUAACGGACAGUGAGUCUGGGCAUAAUCACUGCCUUCAGAAUUGUAUCACCCCCCAAGACAGACUCAGAUAAGACUCUCCUUUUGUAAUUCUGCCCUACCUGUCCUUACUCACUGCCAUCCAGUGUCUCUAUAAUCUCCUAUGAGUGGCUGAGCUCUGAAGAUGUGACAAAUCAGCUAGCUAUUACAUGAGAGAGAAAACAAGCGUGUUAAUGGUUGAUGGUGUUGAAGCUGUGGUCCUCAUGGCUGCUCACCCAGCUUGUGGCACGACGCUACUUAGCGUGUUAGCACAUUAGCGGCUUCUAUCACGCCCUGUCCAAUCAAAUAGAAGGAUUGCUUUGGCGGUGGGAGACGAAAUGCAACAUAAUCAUAUUCUCGCAAACGGCUUCGUGGACUGUUUACCAAACAGAUGUAGUCACGGAUUGUCUUUCUGUGUAACCUCACGCCCUGUGAACCAUUCAAUGGAUGUGAUCUGUGAUCCGAUGUGAAAAACAGGCAACCGUCACGCCAAAACUGGGUGUGUAGCCAGAAAAGAUUGUGUUAAUGGGAACACAAACAGCCACACGGUUGCCCGACACUGGAGUUUCAUAAAUGAUUCUGAUGUCCCCUAACCCUGUAUUAAGUGUCAGGAAGCAAUCAAGACAACUGCCAUGUGAAUUUAUCUAAAGACCUGUGUGCUGUUAUAUCAGAUGUGAGUGGGUGAAGAACAGUGUUAGCCAAAGUCGUGGAUGAAUCAGGCCAUGCUUUGCGGACCAGCCCUAACAGCACAGAGCAGCGAAGCACUGUGGAAAAUAAUUUUAUUGUGUACAGGAAAAUAUGCUUGGGUGGACCCAUUUAUUUUGUUUUUAUAUAUAUUAUAUUAUAUAUAGUUUCCAAAACGAAGAAGGUUUUUGGUGUGUUUUGUUUUGUUUUAUACAUACACUUACAAGAGAAGUUGACCGGAGCAAAGCAUAGGAAAACAUAUAAAUCUCUCUCUCUCUGUCUCUCGUGAUAUGCAGUACCAAUCAAAAGUUUGGAAACGCUUGACUGAAAUGUUUCUAAUGAUCUUUUAAUCUCAAGGUAUGCUUUUGUAGACAAAAAAUAUAUCAGAGUUUUAUUUAAAAAGAUUGGAAUGAAUGAUUAAGACCAAAUAAUGAUUAAAUGCAGCCAAUAAGAGCGCUAAAUACAACUUCUAGAGUUGAGCUCUUGCGAAGGUGAUAAAGUAUAACAUAAUUUUGAUUAAUUUAUAAAACAACAACAUUUAGACACAAUAUAAAUUACAAUUGUCCUACUCCAUAGUUUUGAAAACUUUACUAUUAUUCUAAUAGGUUACAAAUCUAAAUAGAGAAUGAGCGUUUCCAAACUAUUGAUUGGAAGUGUCUAUUAUUAUUGCAUUUUAAACUAUGUUUCCUAAGAUAUAUUUUUUUAAUAUACAUACACGUGAAUUGAAGUUGAUUAGAACGAAGCACGAAAACACUUUCCCCUCUUUCUAUCUCUUUCUUUCGCUUGAUUUACCUCUCUCUGCAGUCCAUUGACUAGAAUGUGAGCAUGGUUGUCCGGGCCGAGUCGGGCCGCUAGGGAGCUGCAUUCAGAGUGUAUCUGCGACACUAGGACUCUUUGUCCGGCCCAGCCAGAGGAGACCAUCCCAACAACAAAUAGCCGUUAAGAGUCGUGGCCUCGGCCUAGGAGAAUGUCAAUGAGAUGCCAGACAGAUCGGGCCCCUCCAGGUCCCCAUUCACUGCCGGCCCUCAGAAACCACACAGAAUCACGGGGCAGAUGAAUACAAUGUUACAUUUAGAUGGAGAGCAAAAAAAUCAAACCCACAGAGCUCCUCGUGGCCCUGUGCCCACUUCAACCGUUGUUCGCUUUCCUCUGGCCCUCUUUGGAUUGGUGUUUGUUUGUUUCAGGGUUGUAAACCCCACGGGAGGCAUGAAAGAAACCGUGAACUAUUUGAUUAAUUUACCUUUCAGUGAACGAAGUUAUCUGUUUUCUAUCCGAGGGCUGCCCAUAAUUUACCCAGCGUUACACCAGUGCCUCCACUAGAGGGCAGUCGUGUAUGUGUAAAAAGCAUGUUGUGGCGCUCAAUGCCCGGGUGGGUUUUGACGUGUCAGAAGCAACUAAUGUUUCACGAUAAAGCUCGCAAUCAACAAAAUGAAAUUCCAAACGAAAGAUAAAUCUCUGUUUGAAAACAUGCACCAAAAGAAAAGUCUGCUGUGGUGUUGAUAGAGAGCGUGUUGUUACUUUAAUACAAAUGGAUGAAAGCGCUGAAGCGGAAGAGGAUGGAGAUUAAUGAAGUGUAUAAUUUAUAGGUUUAAGUGCAAAUGCAUGGGUGACUUCUAAGCAAAAACUAAAUGUGUAACAAUGUUCACACUGUUGUUUUUAGACAUUCGUCCACAAUCUAAAAGCUUGCAACACUUGAAUCCAUAGAUCCUUUGAGCCCCACUACCUGGUAAAAAUAUCUGCCCAGCCAUGCAUGCUUGUGCCCAUCUCAGGGGCUUUCUCACUCCGCUGCACCAUUAAGCUGAACAUGCAUGAUUACACCAAGUCUUGGCCUAAUAAGGCCUAAAGAUAAUCAUGAGAGAUGUGGACGUGCAGAAACGUAGUAACCCACUUGCUUUCAGUUCUUUAAAGCCUGAUUUUAGAAGGCAAAUACAUUAGAUGUGGGCAGUAACACCCCAGGCAAAAAAGUAUCAGACAUGCCAUCUUUUUUUUUUAACUUAAGACAGCUUUGCUUAUUGUAUUAUUUCCCAGGCCAAUCUUGACCCCCACGAACAAACACCAAACCAAAGUGGUUUAACGUGUGUAAAUAUGCACCCAAAGAAGUAAAAAAAGAGGCUGUGAAAUGGACUUAAUUUGCGCUCUUGCUCUAUAAAAUGUGAAAAGAAAAUAUACACGACUUGUUUCACCGUUUUCCUGCGUCGUAAUUCUCAUAAAUGGAGCCGGUCGUAAAAACUCAGCUUUCGUUUCGGUUGGACAGAACAUAUCUUGCGCGUUUCAUAAAUCUGCCUAUUCUCCAUCUUCCAAUUAAAAUGCUUUCUGUGAACGAUGAUGACAUGUGCUGCAGCUGCAGGCUCACAAUGUCAGAAAGGCUGCUUUUCUGUUUUCUGCCUUGUCUUUAAAAGCUCUGAGAUUCUUAUAUCCCCCAGACAAAAAACUGUCAGAACUAAUGGGCCACCCUAAAUGAGAGGAUGCGAAAGAAAUGGUUUGUUUAGAAAUGACAUGACACGCUUUCACUCUGCAACAUCCGACAAGCACAACUAGAGUCUGCAUUUUUGUAAAGUUGUAGAGAAUAUAUUAUCCAUUGCUGAUAUCUUCAUUUUUAUAUUUGUUUGUUUUGUUUUUGUGGUAACGAUUUAAUUCGCUCUCUGGCGUGUGGAUUUUUUAAAUUAUAUGAUGAUUUUGCUGCGACUGUGAUCUGAAUAUCAGUGUUUGAUCCUGAAUCGUGAACUGUGCGAAGCCUGUGCGAAGCCUGUGCUCAAAGAUCGAACAGGAGACGUUUCUUCUGAAAGAAAGGAAGAAAAAAUUCACUUUUACCGUGAUGGACUUCUAAUCUGUAUUACUCCGGAGGCUGUUCGUGUUACUGGGUCCAUUGUCAUUAAAUGACAAGACGUGUCCCCUUCUGUGUACAUAAUUAUUUCAGUGCUUAAAUGUAAUUUAAGUGAACUAUCUGCAUGAACAGAGCCCCGGUCCCAGUCCACAGAGGUAGUGUGUAUUUCUACACGACAUGCUACUGUGUGCCCUAAUGUUCUCCAGCAAUCAGACAGUCACAUGCAUGCUUUUCAAAUCAACAGCACAAAUGCACACGUAUACCUACACCCACAUAUUUUUGCAUUUGAGAAUUCAUUGUCCUCCAUUCUGGUUGUCAUUGAGCAUGGAAACUGUGCUCUGUUUUAUCAUUUCCUGUUCUAAUAAACCAUCAAGAACCUA